AUGCAGGCCGCGGGUCGCCAGGGCUGGGCUGUCCAGCGCGUUCGGUCCGCCCUGCUCCCGAAUGGCCUGUUCUUGGAAUGCCUGGAGCGGGAUCAUGGAUUCAAGACUGGAAUACGAAGCCUCAAGACUCGACUUCAGCGAUGGGGCUUCAACAAAAGCCUUUCCCGCGACAACAUGAAGAUUCUGAUUGCAAGGAAAGACGAACGAAAGCGUCAAGGCAAGGAAACCACCUUCACUCUUCAUGGCUGCAAAAUCCAGCGUGAGAGACUGGCCACAUUCGAGAAGCGCUAUGCAAAAGACUGGCCCCGUGCCUCUUUCCAAUGCUCGUAA